CCCUCUACACUGUUACAAAACGGCGUUACUAUGUAGACAUGAACUUACUGCCAAGAGUAAAGGGGGAGAAGGUUGUGGCUCAUCUUUAUUUUAAGCGUCCAGCGUCAGAGUAGCAUCCCUUUGUUACAUUUGAGGCGACGCUGUUGGGAUCUUGAUGUCAACAUCGCGCUCGUGCGGUAGUUAGACAAACAUCAGCAGCAUGUUGCAUCCCAAGUUUCUUUUCUUUGUUUAGUGGCUUUUCAUAAAAUGGUGCUUCAGGGCUUACUCGAACUGAAUCCUUUUUAAGUUUUGGAUUUCCCUACUCUUGUGUUGAAAAUUCAAAACAAGAUGGCUGAGUCUCUAAUUCAGUCAGUCAUCAAAUGCCCAAUAUGCUUGGAGGCCUAUAAUGACCCUCGCAUGCUUCCAUGUCUCCACAGCUUUUGCCAAAAAUGUUUGAGCUCUUACAUUGAAAACUGUCCUGUUUCUCUGGCUCAGCCUUUCUUCACAUGCCCUGUGUGUCGUGAAGAGAUUCGGCCCCCUAACUCACAUCGACCACAGAAUGAAUGGAGCAUGCAGUUUCGCAGCAACUUCAUCAUGUCUGACCUUGCCAGUUGCCUUACAGAGACUUUUAAGGAGAGAGAUGGUGAAGGGGAGGGUACAAGAGGAGGAGAGGUUUGCAUUCCGUGCUCUAAGCAGACUCCAUACCCCAGAGAUGCUGAACAGUUUUGUCUGGAUUGCUCACAGUCUUACUGUGCAGCUUGCUUACAGGUGCACACGAGUAUACCAUCGUGUCAGUCACAUUCAAUUGUUUCUAUUACUGACCAUGCCGCCAGAGAACAGCAUCAAAAUAAGCAUCAGCAGUGCUCAGAACAUUCAGAAGAGAUUUUGAAAAUGUUUUGUGAAGACUGUAGACUACUUUUAUGUCCAGUAUGUGCGCUUCUUAAACACAGGCAGUGUAGCAAACUCAAUGCUAUAGCAGAGACUGCUAAUGCACGACGACUUCAGAUGAAGACAUCCCAAAAGGAACUUCUAGCUGGCUUGGCUCAAAUCAAACAACAAGAAGACAAAGUAAAGAAGGAUAGAGAGAACCUUUCAAGGAGUACCACCAUCAAUUUUAAGGAGCUUAACGAAGCCUAUGACACUUUACUGGCAAAAAUCAAAGAACAAAAGGGUAGUGAUAUGCUUAAGAUGCAUGGUAUAAAUUUCAAGGUGCAGAGACACCUUGUGGCACAUGAGGAAGAUGUGGAUCGGUUUAUCUCUCUGUUAGAGGGAGACAUUGACAGAGUGGAGAAGAUGCAGCUGAAGGUGUCAGACAUUCAGCUUUUGCGUGAAACAAACCCCGAUGAUCUCAAACAAGCUGUGACUCACAUUUCAGAUCUUAAUACAUACAUCGAAAAAGUUAGAGACUGCCGUUUUGAAAUUCCUGUGCUUAACAAAGCCAGAUUUGAGGAGAUCCAGCAGGUGUUGGACAAAUUAUCUAUGUUGUGUUUUGAGCUGGACAGCAGCAGGGCUGAUGAUGUUGGAGAGGACAGUACAGGCUUACUAGUCCCAACCAAAGUUGAAAAUCCGUCUACUGUAAUGGAAACUUGUCCAGCAAGACUGUCAUGUCAGAUGGGACCAAACGGUAAUGGACACACUGACCAGGCGUGUUCCCCCUUGCUUCUUCAGACCACAGUGGAGGUUGCUACUUGUGGUAUUAGUGUUGCUCCAUUUGUGUUGACACACAGCCCCUCUUCGUCUCAGAGUGAUAAAGACAGCGACAGUCAGCGCAAUCCAUUCUCCAUGUUGUCAAUAGGUAAAAAGUUGCGGCCCAAAGCUCGUCCAAGAAACAGCUCGGCACGAAGGUCUGUGCAUGGGUCAGUAUUUAGUGUCAAACAUCCUGUUGUUACAGCAGCAAGUUCUACCACCAAGCAGACAAGCCCCAAAAAAAGUACUCAGGGUUUUAUUUUCACCCCUGUCAACAGUACAUCAGCCAUUUUUACCUUGCCUACUUCUAAAUCUGGUACAGAUGGUGCUGUAGACACUUCUAGCCAUAGUUUACCUGUGCCGAAGUCUGGAGCAGCAAGUUUAGCUUUAGACACUGGCCUCUUGGUACCAAAAUGUGGCACCUGCAGUACUCAGGCUACAGGAGGUGGUUGUUUGGCAGUAUCCAAACCAGGAGCUACUAUUUUACAGGCGGCACUAGACCAGAAUAUCAGCAUGCUACAUUCUGGCUGUUUUGUUUCACAGACUGUGACCAGCCUGCAGUCAUCCAAAGCAAUAUCUUCAAAUGGUGCAGCUGUGGCUUGCCAUACUUUUCCUAAGCCAAAAAUUGGAGCUUCAAAUUCGAUGGCAAAUGGGAGUAACACUCUUCCAACUCCUAAACCUCGCACAGCAGCGCCAUUGGGAACUAACACAAUCCCAAGGGCAAGAGAGUCCAGGUCUGGGACUGAUCAAGAGCCAGCAGCAGCUAGGGAUGUGAGUGAGGCUCUGGUUGCCCAGAAAAAUGUUAUGGCAGCUUCAGAAUUGUCAACUACCUUGUCAAGCCUAAAUGCUAUUGCAUCAGGUUUGUCAUCGAAAAUUCUUCCACCCUCAAAGCCAAACAAUUUUGCUGGAUCAGGUGAACCACCACUCAGUGCAUCAAGUGUGCCUGCUACUUCUCAGGUGGUUGCAGAUGCUGUUAGAGCAAAUGGCAGUGGUACCAAAACAAAAUCUGCGGCAGGAAAUGUCUUGGCAAACGAAGCUUCACCACGAAGUUCUGCAGCAGCAAAUGGUGGAGUUUCUGGUCAAGCAAGUGCAGUGCUUGUGUCUUCUGAAAAGCCCAGAGAGAGUCUCGGCAACUCUAUAAAAGAAAAUGGAGAUUCUUCUACACGAGCAGAUGCUCAGAAGCUUCGAACCGUGUUCAGUAUUCGGCCAGUGUCUGCCGGAGACUCACGACGACCCAUUAUCUCUGAUUUUGCCAUACUGCCUAACAGGCAGCUAGCAGUCGUUGAUCGAGCAAACAGCCGUGUCAAACUGGUGCAAAUGACAGUUGAAGAACAAGGUCAGGGAGGGCUGUGUCCAGCAGUUGACCUAACCACGCCCCAUGGUAUGUGCCACAUGGAUGGGGAAAUAGUUGCUGUGGUCAGUCAUGCAGCCAAAACUUUGCAGCUGGUCCACUUAGGAAACCAUCGUCAAUGUAUCAAGCACACUUACAACACCUGUCGUGGGUACACCAAUGUUGCACGUCUGACCACGCAGACUCUUGCUGCACGGUUUUCUCUGGGGGUCCAUAUUUUGGAUGUCGGGGGGCCAGCCCUUCGUUUGAAGGCAGCCAUUGUAAAUGACAGCAAUGGGAAACCUUUAUUUAGAUCACCAACUGCCAUGUGUACAACACAGGAUGGCAAGAUCGUGGUGCUAGAUGGCAUCCUGCUGGAUGUCAGCUGUUGGGAUCAGACGGGGGCAUUGUUAUGGCGACUUCCACACCCCAACUUGUUUUUACCUCGUAGUUUAUGCAGUGUUGGACUGCGCCGACUGUACUGUCUGUGUGGCACUACCAGACUUGACUGCCUGUCAGCUGCAAAUGGCAAGCUGCUCCACUCAGUGAAACUCGAAGCUGGACCUUUGAAGGAAGUGUCUACAGUAGCUCAAGAUCCUCAAGGCAGAAUCCUCAUCAAUAAUGUAGAGGAGGUUGUUUGCUUUGCUUGGGCUUAGUGGGCCUCCUGGUAUGCAGCCUAAAGACCCAUUGAUUUCAUAUACAUUCUCUUUAUGGAGUAACAAAGCUCAAUUUAUUUAGAUUUUUUUUUUUUUGUUAUUGUUCAUGGUAUGUACAUGAACACUUGCAUGAUCACUUGGGGUUUUUUAAAAACCUUUUUCUUCCUGACCUGCAGCUUUAUGUGUGCUGAUAUAUUUUUAAAUCUUUUGAGUCAAAAGAGAAUCAUAAAUCAACGAGGGAUUGCCUUUGCCUGUACCAGACCAGGGCUUCCAGCUAGGCCAAGGAGUAUGUCUGGUAGGGUCUUUUAGACUCGUCUAAUCAUGUCCAGAUUGUUAAGUUUUACUAAUGUUUCUCCCAUAGAUUCUUUUUUGUAGCUUGGUGGCAAGUGUUGCCCGAUGGCUUCCUUAAGGUGUGGCCAAGCCAUACUCUCUCUCUUGUGUGUGUGUGUGUGCCAUUUGGCUUUUGCAGUUUAUUGUUGAUCUUGCCAUGCCACUUGGUGUGCAGAGGAGAUCUGUUUACAAAGGUUCAUACAUUUUUGAUAUCUUUGUGUUGUAACGGGGGCAUUAUGGUAGAGAUGACUUUUCACUGUGCAGUUUGGUAAUCUUAUACUCCUUUGUAAACUGCUUAGUAGGUGAAGGGUCUUACUCUACCAUAUUUUUUUCUUGUUGUGGGUGGUGUUUGCCAUGUUAUCUGUACAUGCAUAUCUGCAUGAGACAGUCUGUAUUUAAUGGUUUUAAGAAAAGCUUUCCAUUUGUAUUUUGUAGCCAUUUUCUUGUAGAUGUGACUCUGAAAUGGAUUUUUUGCUGUCUGUGUAGUCAGCAUUUGCAGUGGAAAAAUAGUUGGGCCCUGUAUGGCAGUUGUAACAGCAAUGAUAAUAGUUUGCACUAGCUUACAGCCAUUUGAACAGCAUGAAAAUAAAAUUUAGUCUUUUUUUUUUUUUGGAAGAAACAAGACCUAAUGAUAUUCUGUUCUCUUGUCACUGGAUAAGAAUAGCUUAUUACAAAACCCUCUUUCAAUUGCAACAAGAAUGUUACAUUCAAUUUCAGAACUACUUUUUUUUAAGCGAUGUGAUACAUUAGUUUUGUAUGUUUACGCAUGCUGUAGGACAUUUGGUAUAGUGUGAAAUGUAAUAUGCAGUGUAAACAUGUUGACUUUUCAAUUUUUUUGGGUGGUGGGGGGAGGAAAAUUAAUGGAUAAAAAAGAAUAUUUGGACAAACGAGCAGUCAAUUUUGUGGAUAUUUCAGUACUUUGGAUCUGUUUAUCAAAUCGCAUGGAGAAUGUUCUGUAAUCUUCAGUGGCAUUUCCUUCUUGCCAGCAGCUGGACCAAGAGAACUUUUUUCCAAGUCUUGCAUGAAUCACCAGGACUCCUCCCUUUUGUUGUUACAUGCACCUUGAAUUGCUGUAGCAAGAACAGGUGUUUUAUAAAUGCCUUUAUUAUUAUUUUGCUUUAGUCCAACGCCCUUUUGGUAACAUGCAUUUGUACAAAUUUAUUUGGUGGUUUUUUUGGGGGAGGGUUAGUUGUCUUCCAUGAAGAUAUUUUUGUACAACUUUGGACACUGAGCAAAAUGCUACUGAAAAUGGGCUAUUUUUUGUCUUCUAAAAGAAAAGGUGAAAGUAUAGAGAAAAGUUGCAGUUAAAUACCAAAGAUAUUAUGUGUGCCUCAAAUAUAAAGAAAUGUAAAUCUUUCCAUUUAAUUACUAUUUAUUUGUGCUGCUGACAAUUUUUUUUUUGUAAAUAUUUAUGAUAAAAACUACGAAACAAAGACAUUGCCAAAAUCUGUCAGUCCUGGUAUGUUCGUGCUCAGACAAUCAUGUUUUCUUAUUCAAGUUAAGUUCAAGCCUGAGAUGUGUAGGUGUUUGUGUGGUUUUUUCCCACCCAUUUCUUAAAGUGCCCAUUCCCCAUCUGGGAUUAAUGAUCAUUUUUCUGAAUAAAAAUGGAGAAAAAGCACUUAUUCAGUGCAUCCUUAGUUUAACCCAUUAAAAGUGCAUUACACAAAUGAAAACUGUUGUGCAAGUUAUAUACAUGAGCAAAUAUGCAUAUAUUAUAUGCAGCAAUACACCAGACUUAAAACAUUUGAAGUUUCAUUCAGCAGUAGUUUACAAUCUUGUGAGCUGAGAUGGAGAAAGUUGAUUUAUUGUGCAAAGUAAUCUGAUGUUGAUGGUUGUGGAAAUGGAACAACAAUAUGUUUGUUGUGUCUGUUAUCCUAUGCAUGUGCCUGGGGCUUUCAUAGUUCCCUAAAGUUCACACAAAAAUAGUGCAAUGCAGUUUAUUUGCAUAUGUUUGGUUUUGCAAGAAUUGGAAUUUUCUAAACAGCUACAAACAAAGCUUUUUUUAAAUUCAGUCAUGCCUCUGGGUGGGGGCUGGGGGUUCCAGUUAUCAUUCUCAACCAGAAUUCCAAGCACAGUUCUCUCACCUGGCCCCUAAUCUCACACUUAUCAGUUACUGUGCAAAACAUAAUAACUAUGCAUCUUUCACAGUUUAUACAUUUCUUUCAAGCAUUUAUGUUUUGUAACAAAAUGGAAUUUUAUUGAUCAUGAAUACUGUUUCUUGCAUCCUGUUAUUCCUAAAUCUUCACAUCUUGAUGACCAGUGUAAAGGCUUUGCCUCCUCGUGAUACUCCACUGGCAUAUUUUUCACAUACCAUUGUAUUUCACCAUGUUAAUGAUUUUUCUGUGUGCCCUCUACUCAUUGUGCUCAUCUCCAUUGCAGGUUGUGGAUUUUAGGUUUUGCUUGAGUAUAUGAAUAGGAAGCUCACUCUGUUUACCCAUUUUAUAUCCUAAUAUUAAGUAAAGCAAAAUAAAUAAAUAUGAAUAAUCAUUGUUGGUUAACCCCCCUCCCCUCUUUGGCUCUCCUGUUUUCAUAGAGACACCAUGUUUAUGGCCCCUGUCUAGCUACUGAAAAUCUUUUGUCCUGAAAGUUCCUUUCUCUCAGUAAUAUACAACAGAUUUAGAGAGAAUGGAUUUAAUUUGAUCAUUAUCUUUCAUUUGAAAAGACUUUAAAGAGCCACUAACACAAGUUCUUCUACAUUUGAACUCAGCGGAAAGUUUGCUAAAUAAAGUGCUGUCAAUAGCAUCUUAUAUUCCAUCACUUUUGCUUCUCCCUGCAAUGGACUCUACAGAUAUGGGUAAUUUUGGUCACCUGGAGAGAUGAGAUUUCCAUAUUGUUUGUUGGAAUAAACUGUUUAAAGGAAAGGGUGCAGGGUUUAUUUUGAGCCUUUUCACAUUUUUUACCUUUUUAUCUUGAGUACUUAUGUGACUAGCUUUCCCCCCUCAGCUUUUGAAAUAUAGAUUAAUCACAAACUAUUCUUCUUGUAAACAUUAUUUUACCAGCAGGUACCAAUAAAUUCAAAUAGGUCCUUUUAAAAUUACCCACUUAACAUUCUUCCAGAAUAUCUUUUAGUUCUGUAGUCAGGUCCAAACAGAUGUUUGGCAUGUGAUAUAAAGUUUAUGACAUUUUAUCAAGUCUUUCUGUCUUUGCCGUCGCAGUUUUAGUGUCCAGUGUAAGUCCUUCAAGAUGACUUGAAAUUGAGCCUGGCUCAUUUAGACAGGGUAAAUAAUGCUAUGAUUUCAAGGUUCCAGGAUUUUACCAAACCAAUAAAAAGGAUAUAACAUUUUUAUAUAAGUAUAACAAACAAGAAUUGUUGAUUAACUGAGUAAAAAUACGGACGUGUAUAGGUGGACUGUUGUCUGUCUGCCGAGAUCAACGCUUAGUCUCGGCGAGCCUGAACACUUAAUGUGACUAAACCGGAAGCUUUGUACACACCUGCCUCGUUUUAGUAGUUAACUUGGGGGGGGGGGGGGGGUUGUCUGCCAGCAGUCCAGUAAUGCAAGUUCGUGGUAAGACUUAGUCUACUGAUGAUGUCUAAUUGCCGACAUUUUGUUUUCCAUUUAUCUGCUGUAUCACUUGUAAGUUUUUCAAGUUGACUUUAGACUGCACAAUAUUGAAGGUUUUACAAUGACUGCAUGGAAAGGAAUAGUAUUGCCAACUUUCUGGAUAGAUGCUGUCAUUAGAUGCAUUUUUGCAGAAGCAGUUUAUUACACUGAUCGAUGUGCCAAGAGAAUUAAUGUAAUGUCUGCCUGCUGCUUUGUGUAUUUAUUGCUUAUUAUACCUGUUUCUUAUUUGUGAAAAUGUGAGUAAAAAGAUUCUGAUAUACGUGCACCGUCUUUUACUUUACAAAAAAAAAAAAAAAAAAAA